CACUGAAAGGAAGCGGAAAUUGGUGUAGCGGCGGCGGCCGAGGGGUGGGGGCGCUGCUCGGAGUUAGCCAGAGGCGGUGCAGGAUGGCCGGUAACAACGUAAUGGACCCGCGGCGGCCAAAUCGCGUUCUCAGGUCAGCGGCGGGGGGCCGUGGGCGGGGGGGGUGAGCUGCCUGGGCAAAGCCACGGAGAGGGCGCGAGCGGGGCGACCUUUGGCACGGAAAGAUUGAGCCGGGGGAGUGGCAUGUGAUGCUAAAGGGUGCGCUGAGACGUCACCCCUCGCUGUAGCGCGGGACUGGCAUGGGGUCGCCAUGGCAACGCAAGGCGGAGGGUGAGAGAGAGAGAGGCGGCCUUUCCUAAUAGCCACCGGACUGGGCAAUAGGGGGAACUUUUCAUGGGGGAAACUGCAGCAGAGGGAGACUCAGGGACAGAGAUGGCUAGUGUUGGCUGACUGGUGAUGAUCAAAAUGUGCCCCAACUGCAAGUCCUGGUUCAAAGAGAAUAGUGUGGCCACCAGUCCACACUUACGGGGGAUAUAUGUGUGCGCACGCGUGUGCAGUGCCGGAUUUACGUAUAAGCUAACAAGCUACAGCUUAGGGCCCCAUUCUCUUGGGCCCCCUCCCCAAAAAUAAAGGAAAAAAACCUGGAUGUACAUUUCCAAAAUAUAUACUUCUUCUUAAUUGUAUUUCAGUUCAAUAAUUACUUUGAUAAAAUACAUAUUUUGUUAUGUGCAAAUGGCUUUAGAUACGUAUUAGGUCCAUAAAUUACCAUAUAGCAUAUAAGCAACACAAAAAAGAGCAACACUUGGUUGUUGACAAAGGACAGCUGGACAUAUAAAGGGCCCCAUUACCUUCAGCAGCUUAGGCCCUCCUCAAACCUCAAUCCGGUCCUCUCUCUCUGUGUGUGUGUGUGUGUCUUACUGCAUAUAGGUGCUCAAAACAGAAACAGGGACGCUUCAGCGUUGCAGCAGUGACUUGCACAGAGUUUAAAAAAUGCUUCUGAAACAAAGAAAGUGGUGAGCUGUUGCUGUAGUGUGCAGGGUGACCUUGCUCAUAGGCACUUACACUUGGCAUAUCUUGCUCUGUAUAUUGACCUGGAGACGUUUGGGGCAGGAUUUAACAGUGUUGUUGCGUGUACAGAAUGAAGUCCGCAUAUGCAGCAGGACUUCCCAACCAUAUACUCACCCCACCCCCCUAAAUAUGCACUGGAUGAUUGGGUGGACCCCCAGAACAGCAUUAGGGGGGGCAGGGGGGAGUAUUGUUGCAUGAGCAGACCUCAUGUUGUACAUGCAUAUAGCCUACUUAGCACUACAUUGAAUUCCACCCUAAGUAUACAAAGUAUGUGUGCUGUCACUUAGCUAGAAACCUUCCCCAACACAUAUCCAUCACUUUUUUAAAACGGACACAUGAACAUGCCAAGAAACACAGGGCAGUUACAACUUUUUUAUAAAACAAAGUUUUUAAAAGUUUACAAAAUAGUAUUAGCAGUUUGUGUUGCUGGUCACUAAUGAUUUCAUGGGUAUAUAGAAAGCACUCAUCCUUGCAGCAUACAGAAGUACAAUAUAUAAUUUUCACAACAAAGUCAUGUAAUAUGAGUGCUUGGAAAAUCCAGAAAGAUGUGACUGAGUAACCUUUAGGAGAGAUGUUUUUCCUGAACUGUGAGAGAACAGUUUUGGAGACUAGCACCAUUUCUUUUUCCACAGACACUAGAGCAUGUUCAGAAAAUGUUUGGCCUCCAGAUGUUACUUAAAUAUUACUCCCUUUAUCCCUGACCAUUGACCAUGCUUGCUGGAGCUGAUAGGAGUUGUACUUCAGCAACAUGUGGAGGACUAAAGGUUCCCCACACCUAAACAACUCCAGGCAUGUUGGCUUGAAGCUGCACGAAGCCUUAUUAGCAGCAGAGAAACUCCCACUGAUGUCUUACUCCUUAUUUUGAUAUGGUGGUGGAUAAAGCUAAUGUUUUAUUUUCAAGCAUAAUUUAAAAUGUUUUCUUUCCACCAUAAUGGGAUUUUUUACUUUAUAGAUACAAACCUCCAUCCACAGAGAAUAACCCUACCCUGGAAGACCCCACACCAGACUACAUGAAUCUACUGGGAAUGAUUUUCAGUAUGUGUGGCUUGAUGCUGAAGGUGAGUAUUGCAGUGCUUGGACUUUUGACUUCAGGACAUGCAGAACAUUAGCUGAGCAAAUUAAGCACAAGAUUCUACCAGCUGCUUGUUGUCUUGUAAUUAUUACACUGCUGUUGGAUUGUAUAAUUUUGAAAAUCAUAUAAUCUCUGGAAGGUAAUCUCUCAUCAACAACCCCAGGUUAGUUUAAUGUGCCUAACAGACCUGGAUUGAGCAUCUUAUUCUAGUAGUAAAUGACACAGCUUCUUUUCCUUCUUUCUGUCGGAUUAACUGCAUAAUAUUCCUGUGCUUAAACCUUCCCUAUUUCCCUGCUAUUUUAGUCUCUCCAAGGAACGCUGCCCAACUGCUAAACAAUUCUUCGCAAUAGUUAGAUAAGAGAAUAGUGCACAGAUGAUGAACAUUUAUUGGGCCCCAAAGGCUGAUGAAUCGGUUGAAUGUUGAGAGUAAAUAAUGAUUUCAUGAUGUUUCAAUUCAUGUUAGCUAUAGAGUCUAAUUUGCAAUUACUUAUAAAGAUCUCUGAGUCAGAGUGCUUCACUUUUCUUCUAGAUAAGAGAGGUAAUAACACCUGUCAAUUGUAGAAUAAGAGUCUGAAAUGAUAUCAAGUCAUUGAACAAUGGCAUUAGUUAAUAAUUGUAAUAAUUGUAACAAUUACAAUGUGAUUCAACCAUAAACUCCAAAUUAAAGCACCCAUUUAAGUAUAUGGUAUGUCAAAUCUAUGCUAAUAUUAACAGAUGCUUAUAGUUCAUCCAGAAAAGGAUAAAAUCUUAUGACAAUGUAUAUACAUAUUAUAUUAAUUUAAAGAGCAUUUUAUUUUUCAUUAAGACUUUUACGAAUGAUAGCAUUUAAUGAAAAAAAUACAGAAAGACUUACUCUGUAACAAUAUAUUGAGAUCUGUAUGGUAAUAUCUGUGUCUUUGAACCUUAAAAAUGGCCAGUAAAUGACUUAAAUUUCCAUUUGAUUGUGUUUACUAACAAAACGUUGAACUAAAGCAGGGGUAGGCCGGAUGCGGCCCUGUCGCCUUCUCAAUCCAGCCCACGGACGGUCCAGGAAUCAGCAUGAUUUUACAUGAGUAGAAUGUGUGCUUUUAUUUAAAAUGCAUCUCUGGGUUAUUUGUGGGACAUAGGAAUUUGUUCGUUUUUGUGUUGUUUUUUUCAAAGUAUAGUCCAGCCCACCACAUGGUCUGAGGGACGGUGGAACGGCCCACGGCUGAAAAAGGUUGCUGACCCCCGAACUAAAGGGACUUUCCGACUCUUAUUCUUGAUCUUUCUUGUAUGUUGCACAGUUCCGAUUCACAACUAACAUUGGUUUUUUCUGACACAAAAUUACAAAAGCUGGCUCUUUUGUAGUUAGUUUUGAGUUUAUAUUAUAUAGGUGAACACUCUAGAUAUUUGAAAUGCCCAUGGACAAUGUGCUAUCAUUUGAGAGGUCUGAAUGCAUUACUAUGACUUUAAUUUCAUAGUUCCCUGGAAAUCAAAUAUAUUUUAUAAUUAGCGUGUCCAUUUACUUUGAAUGAGCUUCAUGUCUUUAAAACUGAAGACAAUUCCUCAAGGGGAAGGGUCGUAAGCUCAGUAACAGAACUUCUACUUUUCUCCCAAGUUCCAUCCCUGAGGUAGGGACUGAAGUGUCCCCUACCUGAAACCCUGGAGAGUCAUUGUCAAUCAUUGUAGACAAUACUGAGCUAGACGGAGCAAUAGUCUGACUCACCGUAAGGAAGUUUCCUAUGAAUUGAGUAAAGAAACAAGGCAGAGUGCUUAUCAUGGUUUUACACUUUUACUAAGGAAUAAAUAGUAUUGCUUAAUCCUUGAGACUUCAUUAAAGCUUUCACUACAUUACUCUGUGCUGUUUGCAGCUAAAGUGGUGUGCCUGGAUUGCUGUCUACUGUUCAUUCAUCAGCUUUGCCAAUUCUCGGAGUUCAGAAGAUACCAAACAGAUGAUGAGCAGCUUCAUGUGAGUCAGGUUCUUUUACUUCUUUCAGCCUUUCACUGAAUCCUGUGUUAAUUUCUUACUGCUGCCAAGUCUACUUUGAGACGAGAAGCACACAGCUGCUUUCCCUUUGCCACAAACAGUAUGCAGUUGCACAUGGAAAGUUAAGGGUACAGCACUUGUGUGGAAACUUCAACCAGCAUCUCUUGCCCAGAAACUAUUGCUCUGAAAGAUUAUAAAGCUCAAGGCAAGCCCGACCCUGAGGAUCCCUUCAUUGGAAUGAAAAUGAGUGGCCUGGCACCUUGAAUACCCACAAUGGAGCUCUUGGAUGUAACUAAUCCAAUCUCCCCCAUGCCCAAAUCCAGUCUGGGCUAAUUUCUCUAGUUAUAUUUAACCUACCACACUUUUGCUGCUUGUCUCAGCAGAUUAAUCAUUAGUAACAAUACUUCUUCCUUUUCCUCCUAAUCUAGUCAACCUCAUUUUGGGGUAGCCUUAAUCAUUCAGACCUUGUAAUAACGUAUUCACAGAUAAAUAUUUAUUCUGCCUUUUUCUUAAUGAGUUCCAUUCUUUCUGAUUAAGUCAUUUACUUCCCAGAAACCUUGAAGUGUUGCUUCACUUGCCAGGCUAGGGCUGGGGGGCUGGGGCUCUCCAGAUGUUGGGUUCUAAGCCACAUCAGCCCCAACUAGCAUGGCUAGUGGUCAGGGAUGUUUAUAAAGUUGUAGUCCUCCAGAUAUUGAUAGACUACAGGCUUCACAUCCCUGAUCCCAAGGAUCCUAAUGUACAUGCUAGCUCACUUUAAUAUGGCUAUGGUGCUAAUUUUCUGAGCCAGCUCUAUCUGUGGCUGGCUGUUCCUUCUUUGGGAAUUGAGCUAGCGGCUGCAGCAGAAAGAGGUUCCCCUUGUACCAGACUCAUUCCCCAAUCCUCCAGUGUCUCUGAGGGAUGCACACACAGGACACACAUUCAGGUUCAAACUCAAGUCAAAUACACAGUUCCCAAGCAAGCUUAGUAACACAUCCCAUAUAAACUUUUUAAUUUGAAUACACUGAACACACUGAGAUUCUUUGGUCACAUUUGUAAUUCAUUCUGUUGACAAUACUAUUUGCAUUGCUAUUAUUGGUGUAAUAUUAACGUUCCUGCCCUGAUUAUAACUCCUGUCUUCUUUCCAGGUUGUCUAUCUCGGCUGUAGUGAUGUCCUAUCUGCAAAACCCACAACCCAUGUCUCCUCCUUGGUGAAAGGUUAUUGCCUCUCUUCAGAGCUCCUCUUGCAAAACAGAGGUGCAUGCCCUCAACAGAGAGGACUAUUUUCUCAGGCAAUGCAGAUCCAUUUGCACAUGUCUUGGGAGUACUCAUUUUGCUGCAUUAAUAAAGUGAUGGUUAUUAGAGAUGCUUUGGCUACACUGCCAACUUGGCUUAGUGUGUUAAUACGUAAUGCAUUUCACUUGAACUGUAGUUUAGUUCUUAGCCAACCAAACAUCUACAGUGUGCUCUGACUGUACUUCCUGUACUGUUCGGGUUUUCUGCCCAGUUAAAAAAGGAAAUACUCCUAUUCAGAAUAACAACGUCCUCAACUUUUACAAACCAAUUAAAAGAAGCAUCUGCUUUUAGAAUCAAGUACUGAAGCCAAUUAGCGUACCACAGAAAUCAUCUCUUGGGAAACUCAUUUCUGUACAUAUCUGUACUGCUAGGUAACUUCCCACUGUAGCCUGUAAUCAGAGCAGGAGUGCUGUACAGUAAAGGCAUUUCGUCAGUCAGCGCCCCAUAUCUAGCCCUGUAUUCUGAAGGUGUCCGAGGCAGCAACCUUGCUCAAUAUUGAUUUUAUGUUAAAAUCUUUGGAUUUAUUUGCAGCAGUUUUACCAUGCUCUUCAGCUGAAAAAAAGUGCAUUGAGCAGCUCGCACCUGUUUGUAUAUGUGUAUUUUUGCACAUACAAUGAAUGUGAUUCAGCAAAGGAUUUAAAACAAUAACAAAGGAUUGUUUUAUGCAAUGCAUAUUUUGUGGGUGACUAGUCAGAUUUGUACUAGAGUUUGAGUUUAGAAUGAGAUGGCAGCAGUAAAUGAAGUGAAUGAUUUUGCACUAUUAAGUCUAGUAUUACCUUUUACAUAAAACAAGAACAAUCAAACAGC